GUUUUAAGGGUAAGUCGCUCCAGGUGGGUGAAAAAGAUCUCUGGGUGGGUCUUCACACAGGAAAAUAAAGAAACGAAGCUGCCACCGCUCGCCGACCGGGUUGCUUUAAUCGCCCGACCACCUUCAGUCGUUUAGAGCAAUUGGGUUUCGAAUUUCAAAUGGUCUUUAGAGGGAGAGGAGGAAGAGGACGCGGUGGAUUUUCCUUCGGAAAGCAGCAGAAAUUUGACCUAUUUCCAGAAAUCAAGGAUGAGAACUUAGGUAAGGCAACCAUGCUUACCGAAAGGAGAUCUCUAGCACUUUCAUAUGCAAGGCUGAAGAGGUAUUGGAAUUCCUCAGCAUACUUUUUGGGUGAUGACAUUGAUGUUUCAAACAAAACAAAAGGCAUGGAUAUAGAAAGGUUUUCAGACAUGAAUUCAAAUAGAUCUAAAGCAAAACCCCCACUUUUGGAUUUCAUCUUGAUUACCCCAGACUAUUUUCCUGCUGAAUUGGUAAAAGCUGAAAGGAAGACGAAACGUCCUGCAAAAAGAGUUCGCUGGACUCAGGAGGUAGAUUUGCAAAAGUUGGAUGUCUUUGAGAAGCUUGAACAGAAGGGCAUUGACCAGGAUGAAAAGAAAUCUGACGAUGAAAAUGACGAGGAAGAAGAAGAGAAUUCUGAGGAAGAUGAAGCGUCUAGUGAUAAUGGUGACUAUGAGCAAAAUGUUCAUUUUGACGAUGAUGACGAUGACUUCAACAUGGAUGAGGGCGAUGCUGAUGAGCCCACAUAUGAUUGACGUUUCUCGGUAUUGUAUUUUAUUUUAUUUUCGAACUGCAAAUAUUCUUUCCUCUCUUUCACCCCCCUCUAGAACUGCUGCAUUUAUUCAUUUAUAUUAUAAUCCAUCUUGUUGAAGCUGCCUAAAAUUUCAACACCUUAUUCAAUUGACUAGCUAAAAUGUAUCCUACUAUAUUUCCUAAUGUGCAGGCUAUGAGAGAGGUAACCCUUUGCAAACUGUUAUUACAAAUUUACAAUGCCUUAUGUGCACAUGGUUAUGAACAAGACUAAUUUUGAUGGCCUAGCAGUUUCCGAAAAGUUUUUUCAUAGUUUUUUGUAAUCUUACGAAAGAAAUAACAACUUUAUGUGCUCUACUGCUCAGGACAUUGCAACUUUCAAUGCUUAGAGAACACGAGUGGAGCAAGGGACAACUCAAUCUGAUCUCUUUUUACAUAUUUUAUAUCUGAGUUUUUAUAUGAUAUUUUUACUGUUCAAUUGUUACUUCAUGGCAAUAUGAGAACCUUUAAAAUUUAGGGAUAAAAACUGUUUUGAUUCACAAUACUACUUCACAAAUUUAAGCUAAGCUAUUAUGACGUACGAAUUGCCUUCUCCAGACUCCAAUCAUAUUUGUCAUUUGUGUGAUAUGAUCCAUCUACACAAUACUAUUUUAUUUCUCAGGAAGAAUUUGUAUAUCUUUCUUUUGCAAUUUCCAG